GAUAAAUUAGAAUUUAUUCAAUUUAUAGUCGGUAAGAUAAUUUGCUUCUUUAUCGAUUUCCACUCGGCCUCUGGUUUUUAACCUCACAUCUUUCCUUUGGCUCGCCUGUUUGUGCGUGAUCUGUUGAUGCGAUAAAUAAAUUUUAUAUCGCAGCUAUGGUGCGAAUGAACGUUCUCAGUGAUGCUCUUAAAAGCAUCAACAAUGCUGAAAAACGUGGUAAAAGACAAGUUCUCUUGAGACCUUGCUCUAAAGUUAUUGUAAAGUUUCUUACUGUUAUGAUGAAACAUGGUUACAUCGGAGAAUUUGAAAUUGUUGAUGAUCACCGAAGUGGCAAAAUUGUCGUAAACCUUUCCGGAAGGUUAAACAAAUGUGGAGUGAUCUCUCCAAGGUUCGAUGUACCAAUUACAGAUAUUGAAAAAUGGACUAACAAUCUAUUACCUUCUCGACAAUUUGGAUAUGUUGUUCUAACGACCAGUGGUGGUAUUAUGGAUCAUGAAGAAGCGAGAAGAAAACAUCUAGGAGGAAAAAUUCUUGGAUUCUUUUUCUAAAUUUUAAUUUAUAAAAAUAAAUAAAAAAUCUUUGCAUCAACGCAAUGUGGAAAUAUUUUUGCCAAUAAACGUUGAUACAAAAACUUUUACCAACUA